AUGUCUGACUAUCAAAAUAUUGAUUGGCAAAAAAACCUGGCAUUUGCGUUUACAAGCGGUGGUUUAUUCGGCUAUUUACUUCGUUCGAUACGACCAAUAGCGAUCUUCACAUCCGCCGUAGCUGGUGCUGCACUUGGUUCUUUAGUUACAUAUGGGUAUUUCGAUAUAGAACAACGAGCACUGCCAGAAAUAACUAAUGUACAAACGAAUCAGCCACGAUAUUUUGAAUAUUUUCAGGAAUAA